AUGAGUGAAACGGACGAAACUCGAUCCAACGUUGAGAGCAAUGGUGGCGCUGAUAAUGAGUUGCCAAAAACCUGCGAAGUCGUCACUGGAUGUACCAUUCCCGUUGACAUAUUCAUUCAAUCAUCGGAUGAAAAACUGUUUGGUGCACAUACUCAAAAUCUUCAAGCUUUCAGCGAAGGUUUCCCAAUGACACAUGAUUCACGCAAGGUCGUUUGGUUCACAGAGAGUGCAACCAUUCUACGGCUGUUUCUUCCCUUCACGCACAAUGUUAAACCCAAGGAUUUAUCUACGUUGAGCGUCGAUCAGUUGGUGUCCCUGGCGGAGGUAGCGGAUAAGUACAAGAAUCAAUUUGCUUUGCUGGCUUGCAGGAAGGCGUUUUCUCAUAUCGCGGGAAAGUCUUCUGAAAAUGCCAUGAAGAUUUUACGAUUCAAAUCAGUUCACGGUGAUUUCGAAGAAAUCGACGAUGUCGCUCGGCUCACGAUGGGCUUUACUGUCAAGAACGCCAUGAAAGUUUUCGGUCAAAACCGGGAAUCGUUCUGCAUCUGGGUUCAGUACCAAGAAAGCUGGUUGAAGUGUAUGGAAGAAUAUCGGGUCGCUGUAUCUGAACAUCCAGAUUUCAGAGUCCACCCGACCGGUUACAAGGAGUCAAUCUCUUGUCCAUCCUUAGCGAAUAUCGUUACUGCCAUGGAACCUGUGGUCAAACAUCUCGGUUUAAGAUCCGUGGACGAUUUCGAAAGGGCACUCAGGAUCGCACGCUCUUCGCCAACUGUUCAUCCUGGGUGCAACUGUAGGGCGUUGGGAUUAUGGAGAGCCUCCAUUCAUAAAUCCCUGGCGGGUCUGCCCCGUUGGAGUCAAUUCUCUUGA